AGAGAUUAUUGUCUUUCACUCCCUCAAAUCAAAUGGCGCUUUUCUACGCUCUGCGUCUGCCUCUCGUCUCCACAUCUCCACGUCCACUUCCUCCCGCCAAAAUAUCAAACUCUGAAACUCUUAUCCUACGCACCCCUUCCCUUUUACUCCACAGUCUUCCUUCUCUCUCCUUCUCUAUCUUCUCUGAAAAAUCCAUCUAUUGCAGUAACCUUCCGCAGAAGUACACUUACCCUGACCCCAUUCCCGAAUUCGCAAAAUCUGAAACCCAGAAGUUUAGAGUUGGGCUCUUGAAGAAACUUUCUAAGGAGAAGGAAACAUUUGGCAAUAAUCUUGAUAAAGUAGUUGACGUUUGCUCGGAGAUAUUUAGCGACUUCUUACACAAGGAGUAUGGAGGACCUGGAACAUUAUUGGUGGAGCCAUUCACUGAUAUGUUGGUUGCUCUCAAGGAGAAGAAAUUGCCCGGAGCACCUUUGGCUGCUAGAGAGUCCUUGUUAUGGGCUCAAAACCAUGUUGAUCACGAUUGGGAAGUUUGGAACUCAAACCCAUCUAAUUGAUUUUUUCUUUUUUUAAGCCACAAAUAGAGGCUAGAAACACAUAUCUUGUAAAAUAAUGUUAGAUCAUUUUGUAUUUUUGUAGCUAUACAAAUUUCUUAUUUCUUGAAAAUGGUAUUUCUCUGAUUGACAAUGGUUUUGAUAUUGGAUAACCCAUCUCCUUUGAUCAA